AUGCACAAGUACAACGUGCUACAGACCGCGCUCAUCGCGGGCACCAGCCUCACCAAGGCCCACAUGCUCAUGAUCGAGCCGCAGCCCUACAAUCUCGACACCGCGCCUCUCGUCCAGACCUGGCCCCUGGACGACAAGCUGCCCUUCCCUUGCCAGGGCCGCACCGAGCAUGCCGAGAAGGUCACCAAGAUGACCGCCGGCACCACCCAGACCGUCAAGUUCCUGGGCAGCGCGAUCCACGGCGGCGGCUCCUGCCAGUUCGCCGUCGCCUACGGUGACCAGGCCCCCUCCGAUCCGUCCGGCUGGCACACCAUCUACUCUAUCAUCGGCGGCUGCCCCGGCGAGGCCGCCGCAGGCAACCUGCAGACCAACGGCAAGGACCCGCACGGCCGCGAGGACGGCCCGCACUGCAACAACGACCGUGACACCGAGUGCGUCCGCGACUUCUACGUCCCCAUCCCCAAGGAGAUGAAGAACGGCAAGGCCAUCUUCGCCUGGACCUGGUUCAACAAGAUCGGCAACCGAGAGAUGUACAUGAACUGCGCGCCCGUCGAGAUCGAGGGCGGCUCGGGCGACGAGGCCUUCAUCAAGGAGCUGCCGCCCGUCUUCGUGGCCAACAUCCCUGGCAAGUGCACCACCAAGGAGGGAGGCUCGGUCCUCGGCUUCCCCAACCCGGGCAAGUUUGGCCAGUUCUACGGUCAUCCGACCUUGGACAGCCAGGGCUCGUGCCCGGCUGGCGUCCUCCCCGACACGUUCAAAUCUGGCUCGACUGGCGGCACCAGCAACUCGGGUGGCUCAUCGCAGGGACCUCCCGCCGGUAGUGGCACAAGCAUGACUACGACGUCGACUGCUAGUGACUCCUUUGCAUCCGCCCCUCCGACCGCAUCCAACGUCCCAAGCUCGGUCGCUACCACCCUGUCUUCUGCGACCAAGUCCAAGGAUCCAGCGGGCUCCGCCCCUCCCCCGGCGGCGACCUCUGCUGCUUCGCCUGCUGCCACAAGCGCUGCUCAGCAAACCCCGGCAGCUGGAGGUCCCACAGAUACUCCUCACGACCCCAAGGCUGUUCCGUGCCCCGAGUCGGGAGCGAUCAUCUGCCUUCAGCCUGGCUACUUCGGUCUUUGCAACUUUGGCUACGCCGUGCCUCAACAGCUGGCGGCGGGCCAGGUCUGCGUCAAGGGCGUCAUCGGAGCUGCUCCGGCAGCAGCUCAGGCUUGA